UUUAAGCCCACACUUCAAAUCAGCUCUCUGUCAAGCGUGAACCAAAAAUUAGAUUAUACAUUCAAACAAGAUUUUAACAUAUUCCUCCUACUCUCUGUACCCGUGUUAUGCUCUUAAGAAACAAAGCUGCUGUGCGACUCCAUGACACGUUUGAGGACGGGAAGGUUUACAGAAUUCACCAGCAGGGCAAGUCUUGUUUGGGGAGGAAAAAAUUUAUUUUUUCCAAGUACAGGCUUAGACAUAAUAAAUUAAUAAAUGAUUAUGGAUAUUUGAUGGUUUGUUAUUGACUUAAUCUCUGCCGGGUUUUCAUCUCAAAUUUCUACUAGGCAAUUAGAAAAGGGACAAGUUAAGAAUUGGCUACGAACAUUAAACGUAUAAGAAUGGAAGAAAAGUCUCCUUAAAGGUAAACUAUUAUGCUUCUUUGAACAGAUUAGAACAGCUCUAUGGUUACGGAUGCUAGGUGAGUUGCUAGGUAACUGCACUGUGCCUGAGUGCUUUUUGAAAUGGCUCUUUUUCCAGAUACCAAAAAAGCAUGGACUUAUUGCCAAAAAACAGUUGGGUGGGUUUUUUUUAAGCUCUUUGGUUUGGUUGUUUAGAAGCAGUUGAGACACAACUGGAAGCAUAAAAAUGUGAAUUUUUCAUAAUUCUCUUCUGAGGCCUUUAUCUCAGCCUGGAUUGGUUUACAUCACCAUUUGAAAGCUUUCGCUCUCAAUAAGAAAAAAAACCCCACAGACCAUCGAUAAAUACAUUAUUCUGGUCCAGACUUUCUCAUUGGUCCCUCAGCUUGAAUUGGUGGCGUUGACACAAAGUGACAGUGCUGUAAAAACAGAAGCAUCACAUUGUGCUGUGUGUAGGGGUGACCUAUUGUCUGGUACAUAUGCACUGCUAUGGAGGCGCUUUUGAUCGCCGUGGCAUGUGCGCUCCUGUCCUGCUCUGUCAAAGGUGACGACUGGUGGGGGGAGUAUCAGGAGGGGAUACGACACUACAGUGACGAGGACCUCAAUAAGACGUUUCCAGAGAAAACUCGACCCAUGCGCUUCAAACAUCCUCCGUUCCAGUGUCCUGACAUGACCCCGUCUGCUACUGUACCCACUUCAGUUGAAUUUGUGAAGGCAGCGGAUAUAAAAGUCAUUGCCGCCUUGGGAGACUCCGUGACUACAGCCGUAGGUGCCAAUGCCACCACUGUGCUGGAAAUCCCAGUAGAGUUUCGCCAUGUGUCGUGGAGUAUUGGAGGCUACGGUACUUUUCAAGACGUCAUAACUCUGGCGAACAUCAUCAAAUUAUUCAACCCCACUCUGCUUGGCGCUUCUCCUGGAAAGACUAUCCAUGGGAAGGGGGCUCAUAUUAGUGAAACCGGCUUUAAUCUGGCCGUGACCGGACAUAACACCUUCAACCUCCCAGAUCAGACAAGAGAAUUAAUUGACACUCUGAGACGACAUGAGGGUCUUAACUUUGACGAAGACUGGAAGCUUCUGACCAUUCUCAUAGGCAUGAAUGACAUUUGUGAUUACUGUAAAGAUAAGGCUCUGUAUUCGGUGGAUAACUUCAUUCACUACAUGACCCUCUCUCUAGAAAUGCUUAUGAAUGAGGUUCCCCGUAUGAUCGUCAACGUGGUGCAGAUUUUGCGAAUGCAUUUUCUGAGGGAGGUACAGAGGCCUACCCCAGGGUGUCGUCUACAGCGGUCCUUCUGCCCGUGCCUGAUCGAGCCAGUGUCCAACUCUCCUGAACUUGAGGAGGUGAUUGAGAUCAAUCUGGAGUUUCAGAGGAGACUCGAGAAGCUGCUGCACAGCGAUCGCUUCCUCAGGAAGGAUUUCGCUGUUGUCCUGCAGCCCUUCCUCAAACACGCCGACUCCCCACGCCUCCCGAACGGGAAUAUUGAUAUGACCUUCUUCACUCACGACUGCUUCCACGUCACCAUAAAGGGACAAGAGGAGCUGGCUAAAGGACUGUGGAACAACAUGUUUCAGCCUGAGGGAGGGAAAAUGAUCGUGAGCAGUUUUUCUGAACCCCUCAAGCUCAUCUGUCCACCAGAGGAACACCCGUACAUCUUCAUCCGCCCGGUCGCAGCCAAGUCGAGUCCGUCUCUUCUUCACUCCAAGUCCACAUCACCAGCUGCCGUCAUCCUGCUCCUCUUUUUCUUCUUCUUCUUCACAAACAUCUCUCGUUACUCAUAAGUGUACUCAUUUCACUGCUAUUUAUGAGUUACAAUCAAUCAAAUAAAAUCCCAGUAAACGAUGCUUCAGCUAGCGGCUGUAUGUGGAAAAGCGUAAAUACUUUUGCAAGGCGUUGUAUUCCAGCUCAGACCUGAGCUUCCGUAGAGAAGCACAGCUGUAAUCUGAGCAAGAACGAUUUAAAUAUGGAAAUGCUGUCAUUCUCUUAUCCACCAGAGAUCUCUUCAGACAGCUCUUGUCUUUUCAAGCAGCAUGUGAUUUAGUUGCAUGUUUGCUCCUCGGAUCUUCAGGCUGUGACUGGCCCACUUUCUCUGUUCUCUCCAGAAAUUGCCGUGCAAUGAGAAAUGAGAACUCCUGCAACACAAAGCAAGCCACUGUAAAAAGCAUGCAGAUCUCAAAAGUAAGAUGAAACCUUUUGAGUCGUUGUCAUUUGUAAACUGUGGUUUCAUAGGAUGACCCAGACUACGUUGAUGUCUGGUUAGACAGAAAAUUAACAGAAUGUAUUGAAUUAGUUUAUUUAUUAUGAUCACAAACAACGAUGGAGGCUAUUGUGGAUUCUCAGAAGUAGUACAUUUACCUCUUGAAUGAAUAAAUGCACAACAGAGUGGAUGAACUGGAUAUCAUAGCAGAUAAUGACGGUUUAUUGAAACUUGCUGCAAUGUACACAAGUCUGACACAUUAUACUGUGACUGAGUGGAUAUGCAGCCUUUUAAUGCGUUCUUGUUUAUUUUUCCUUUAUUUCAAAGGACAAAAAAAACCAAACAAUUAUGAGGUUAUUUUGUAUCAAAUAAAUCAGUUCUGUAUCUGGAA